AUGUCUCGAGCAUCACAGAUCACAUUGGCCACUACUUGUGUCACUGCGAUUGGCAUUGUUGCAUUUGUACAUCUUUCGCAGAAAGCAGAUAAAGCAGCAAUGCACGCUGGUGUCAUCCGAGACUACGAACAACAAAGAGUAAAACGCGAGCGACUGGCGGAUUUCGAGAUGCAGAAGGCAUUGGAGGAGGAAUACAAGAAAUAUCAGACUGUAUCAGAUGGUGGAGGACCUGUUACUCCGCAACAGCCAGAAGGAUCAGCCCGGUGA